AUGGAUACUCGAGAUCAUUUCACAGCGGGAUACGCAUCGCCUCCAUCCUACACGCAAGGAUAUUAUUACCUGAAUUUGCACACAGCGACAACGACAACGACACAAUUCCAUCAUCACGCCGAUUUGACGCCGCAUCACAUUUUCACGCCGGAUUUCAAUAAUUACGCAACGUCGACGUCCCGCAGUUGCUUUCCGGAGUAUUUUGCGACGUUUGCGGAUCCGAGUGCGCAAAUUAACAACAAUAACAGUGAAAAUAAUUUCAAUUUUGGCGCUUACGAGAGUCAGGUUGAAGAAAAUUUGAAGAAAAAAGAAAAGAAUGAAAGUGAAGAAAGUGCAAUUAUUGAAGAUCUCUCGAAUUACGACGGAUUAAAGAAGAAUUAUUGCGUACUGAGUAAUGUGAGUGACAGAAGUGACACAAAUGAUACAAAGUGUGAAGAGUUUUUUGAUGGCAAAGGGGAGACUUUUAAUGUGCAAGAUUCCGAUUUGUGCCCCGAAAUGGAUCAGGAAAUAAUUUACGUGAAAGGCAACGGCUCGAAUCGCAAGGAACGCACAGCAUUCACAAAAAGUCAAGUACGGGAUUUGGAAGCGGAAUUUAUGCAUUCAAACUAUUUGACGCGCUUGAGACGAUAUGAGAUUUCAGUUGCGCUGAAUUUAAGCGAGCGACAGGUCAAGGUUUGGUUCCAGAAUCGCCGCAUGAAGUUCAAAAGGGUCAAAAAUGGCGAAAAAUCGAAGACAUCGCACAAGUAG